GAUAUUAUGAAUGGAAUGAUUAUUACAAGUAUUAGAAUUAUGCAAUAUAUCUUAUGAUUUUAAUAUAUCAAAAAUCAAACUUACAAAUGAUCUUUUGGUUAUAGAUUAUUAUUUAUUUAAGCUUUCUUUUCAAGGUUUCUACUGUUUUUGUACAUUGUGCACAAACUUAUAAUUAUUUGUUCUAUGAUUAUAAAUAUUCACAAUUGGCUAUACAAGUUUACAGCAAUUUAGGAUUAAUUAAAAUGUUGAAGAUAUUUAUUAAAUAUUACAAAUGAGAAUUUGAAGCAAAAAAAAAAAAAAAAAAAAAAAAAAAAAAAAAAAAAAAACUGAAAAUUAAAAAAUCAUAAUAAAAAUGAGUUCUAUUAAAUAUCGUCAAUUUACAGGAACUUUUAUGAUAAUAAGAAGUAUGGCUACUGUAAAAAGAUUUUAUCGAAGAACUAACAUUUUGUCAAGUGGUGGAAAAUUUGAAAUAACUUUGGAUCAAAGAAAACUUAAAACGCCUAAAGGGAAAAUAUUUGAAGUAAAUAAUAAAGCUUUAGCUUUAGCAGUGGCAACAGAAUGGGAUGCACAGAAAGAUAUUGUCGAAAAAGAAAAUAUGCACUUGACAGCUUUAUGCAAUACUGUAUUGGAUAAUCCAAACAAUCAGACCAAAUUAGAUAUAGUGAAUUAUAUUACAAAUUGUUUAGAAAUAGAUACAAUUCUGUUUCAUUCCAGUGAGGUAGAUGAUCUAUAUAAGUUGCAAGUUGAAAAAUGGGAUCCUUUAGUGCAAUGGUUUUGCGAUCAUUAUAAAGUAAAUAUUGUUAAAACCCAAAGUAUAGAUACACCUACAGUGCCAGUAGAAACCAAAACUAUUUUAACAAGACAUUUAUCGUCGUAUGAUUUUAAUGCUGUUCAUGGUUUUUUAUAUGCAGUUAAUGCACUGAAAUCGGUGAUUCUUACUUUGGCUGCUAUUGAAAGAGUAAUUAACGUUGAAGAAGCUGUGAAACUGUCUCGCUUAGAAGAGGAAUAUCAGAUUUCACACUGGGGAAACAUUGAAUGGUCUCAUGACCUCAGUAAAUAUGAUUUACAAUCUCGUGUAGCAGCUGCAGUUCUAUUUGUACAUUUAAAUUCAUACUUUGUCACUUCGCUACCCAAAGGAAAUAAAAUUCUCAAUAGUUAACUAUUCCUUCCUGUGGAAUAUCAAAUUAUUGAUUAUUUAAUUUAAUAUAUCAACAAGAACAAUCCGGACCUGUCCAAUCCUUUGUGCAUAUGCAACUAAAAAAUAGAUUAUGUAAUUCAUGGUAAAUGAUGAAAUAUUAAAGAAAAUAAUUUUUACAGAAGGUAAUAGAUACCUGUAUGUAGAACCAUGAUUCAAGCAUACUGCACCAUUUUUGCAGGAAUGACGAAUACAUUCGUUACGGUGGCAUUCACCUACACCACGUCCAGUGGCUGGACUAGAACUGGUUACAGGGAAGACCGUAUCCUUCGUACGCAAUUCGAUAUCAAAUAUACACCCAGAGAAACCAGUGUGUAAUGGUAGAUCAUGUGGUAGCAUUUCAAAAUUUUUUGAUUUGUGACCUCCUAUAAAAUACUUAGGAAAUGUCAAAUGGUACGAUCUAGGAAAGAAUUGAACUAUGUAUAAAUUGAAAGAUCAGAUUUUACAAAGAAUAAGAUGCAAACCGAUGUAAAGUAUAGGAGAUACGUCAAGUUGAGACAUAACGCCAGCUGCUUGGCCGGUAACAUUGUCUGUACCAUCAAUGGCAAGCCACGCAUCUCUCCCUUUUCUUCCAAUAUGUAAUGUAUGUGGAUUGUGGCUUUUUAUUCCUGGUGCAGCUGCAGCCGAUACAGAAGCUAGGGGUGUUUUUGUGAAGAUUCUGCGUACGCCUAGAUAAAUAUCACUGCACAAAUGAAUGAUAAUCGCACUAGUAGGAGCAUAUGCUCCGGUGCCGUUGUUAAUUGUUAAUACCGAUUUACCUGAACCAAGAUCCCAGGUUAACAUAAUAUAACCACGUACAUACGUUAUAGAGAGAUGAUCUGAUAUUUCUUGACGCGAACCACUUUGUCCUAAAUAAGCUAUGAGAGAUAUUUGAUCUAAAGUAUGUGGAA